AUGGCGUCCCGUGCCCGCUCCACUCGAGACAUCAGUCCCAUAGGAGCAUCUCGCUUCGAACGGCCAUAUACUCCUCCGCCUUCUCUUGCAACGGCGGCCAUCCAGAGCGUACACCUCAACAACCGGCCAGCGAGAUACUCCAUCUUCCCGCCCGUCGAACCCGUGGCUGCACCAGCAUCGCCUGACAGCAGCAUGGAUUCCAGCACACCUAGAUCCAGGCAUCAGCAAUCCGACUCCGUGUUCUCAUAUACAGACACGGUCGAAACGGCACCCACCUCUCUUUCCAUUUCCUCGGUAAGGGAGUCCAAGGAUUGUGAUGAGAACAUGCAAGUCGUCUCUCCGACGGAGUGGCAAGCUCACUUCCAACGGGAUGCCGAUCACGACAAUACGCGGACGGAUGAAUGUCCAGACAGCGCCACCCUCGAAACGGUGCAGAACAUGCCAAUCUACGACGCAGACGGCAACGAGCACAAGUUCGGAUCCGUCUACRCACCAUCCGCAUCAGCACACCAACGACAACUCGUAAUAUUCGUCCGCCAUUUCUACUGCGGAGCCUGUCAAGCCUAUCUCCAAGCUCUGACAAACAGCAUCUCCCCAAGCGAGUACUUCUCCAUCCCAACUCCGACCUCGAUCAUCGUCAUCGGCUGCGGCAAGCCAGAGAUGAUAGCUCAUUACAAGCGAUUCACCAACUGCCCCUUCACAAUGUACGCGGAUCCCUCGAGAUCACUGUUCAAGAAGCUAGGCAUGAACACAAGCCUCAACUUUGGCAAUCAACGACCACAAUACAUGAAAGACAUCAAAUUCACAAGCUGGCAAAAAGGGCAAAUUUCACAAGUACGACAGGAAUUGAAGAAUCCAGGUGGGAUUAGAAAAAGAGAUGUCUUGAGAGGAGGCAAUCUCUUCCAAAUAGGCGGGGAAUUCUUGUUUGAAGAGGGUCGGGUCGUGUGGUGUCAUCGCAUGAAGAACUUUCGGGAUCACGCAGAGAUACCGGUGAUACGAAAGUUGUUGGAACUGGAAGAUAAUCUCCCAAUCUGCUACAUGCCCGGAGCCUCAGGACCUCCUCGAACUUACCCCAUGAGCGCUCUUCCAUUACGACAUCAGCAAGCAGUCUUCGAGAUGAUGUGA